GGUGGGUUUGGUUGAGGUAGCUUGUUUGUGUGCGAGACAGUCGGGGCUCGGGGGCCGUGAAGUGGGGUAGCCGGAGUCGUCUCAGAAGGAGCUGUUUACUCUUGUUGGAAAAAGUUGUCGUUCUGUUCCAGUCCAAAGCCUCCUGUGCUGAAAAGGUCUGGUCAGUGGCUGGUAGGUUUUUGCAUUGGCUGGGGCACAGGCUGCUCUUGGAAUACAGGUCAUGACCAGCAGAGGAGCUGCCAGGCCGAAUGGUCAGUCACAAGCCAGCAAGAUCUGUCAGUUCAAGCUAGUACUACUGGGCGAAUCAGCAGUAGGCAAGUCCAGCCUGGUGCUGCGUUUUGUCAAGGGACAGUUCCACGAAUACCAGGAGAGCACCAUAGGUGCGGCCUUCCUCACACAAUCUGUCUGCCUAGAUGACACAACAGUAAAGUUUGAGAUCUGGGACACUGCUGGCCAGGAAAGAUAUCACAGUUUGGCUCCCAUGUAUUACAGAGGAGCUCAAGCUGCCAUUGUGGUGUAUGACAUAACCAACCAGGAAACAUUUGCACGAGCAAAGACAUGGGUGAAAGAACUCCAGCGGCAAGCUAGCCCUAACAUUGUCAUAGCCUUAGCAGGAAACAAGGCUGAUCUUGCCAACAAGCGCAUGGUAGAAUAUGAAGAGGCCCAGGCCUAUGCAGAUGACAACAGUUUAUUGUUUAUGGAGACAUCAGCCAAGACAGCAAUGAAUGUUAAUGAUCUCUUCCUGGCAAUAGCUAAGAAGCUGCCAAAGAGCGAACCCCAGAGCACAGGUGGUGCCGUGGGUCGGAAUCGAGGUGUGGACCUUCAUGAGCAGUCCCAGCAGAACAAGAGCCAGUGUUGUAGCAACUAAACGGUGGUGUUAAAGCAGCCAGCGAGAGAUAAGAUAUAACCUCCAUUCCCACCCCACUCCACCACACCUCACCUCCAAUAACAGCAUCGGCACACUUGGAAGCCGGCCCCCUUCCUUCUCCUGAGAGCUCCGUUUUAACUGCACUUCUAAUGCUUCAGAAACUACCACCAGACGUCUGUUACCACCACCCCAAGGAAAGUGGAGAUAGACCGACCGGGGACUAAACUUCCAAAACAAACUCUUCUUCACUUUGUAUUAUAGGUGCAAAUAGCGACCUACUUACUUGGAUUCCUCUGCUCUGUUAUCUUCCAUAUGAUACGCCUCCCCUCUCUGCACCCCUGUCUUUGGUCUGAUAAAAAUCUGUGUUCUCAGUCCUAUAACAUCCACCCUCUCUUCACCUCCACCUCCCUUUCUUUUGUUUCAUGCUGUGGGGACAGGUCACAAGCGAGGGAGAACUUAAUUCUUGUAGAUUCAUUUUUAAGAGCAAGGUUAAUGGUUUUCCUCAGAAAAUGCUGAGUUUUUCUGAGGUGUUUCUCUGCAUUCAUUUUUUUAUUUCAUUUAUUUUCAGUGUUCAGAAAAGCUGCAGUGUCCUUAAUUAUUUUUUCCAGGGCAGCCUUUUGUGACUGGGUGGAGAGGAAGUUUUUAUCUGAACUAUCACUAGUGUUUUGCUUGCAGUGACAUGAAUGUGGCCCUAGGUCUCAGUGGGAUGAAUACAAAAAUCAUGUGUUGAUGAACAUAGAGUAUAUGAAGUAGUUUCCCCAAAUCCUCUGAUAGCAGUUAAUCGAUGCCUUAGUGGCUGGGACAGUAAGAGGGAGACAGUCCUCAUUUAGCCAUCAUCCAAACUGAUAUAUACAACUAGUGUUCGAAAUCACAAGGCUACUGUUGUUUCUCCCCUCGUGUUUUGCAGGUGAUGGUCUGUGGGCUGCACUUCAGUUAUCAGAGGCCCAGUAGGGAUAUUCUGUGCUCUGCUCAAAACAGGUGUGACAAGCUUAUCUGAAGCAAGAAUGCGCAAAGGAGAACAAGCUCUUUGUUCUCUUGGCCUACAGUACAGAAGCCUGUCCAGGUUUUCUUUUGAUAUUACCUGCUCGGCCCACACCUGGCUGUAACAUACUGUAUGCACAGCACUGUCCAUGUAGUCGAAUUUUGUUCUAAGUUGCCAAAAAGAGAAGGGCCAUGGCAUCCUUCACGGAGCUGGGAAAGGCCUGUCCUUCAUGAUAGAAUGAUGCAGAUGUAAUGCAAAGCUUUGGGCAGUGGGGCUGUGAUGUGCAGGAGAGUGAGAAAUGGCAUGCUAGAUGGGAGAAGAGAGGCUAAUAGGAGGGCCAGUACUGUAUUUCCUGUACCCUUUUCCCAGACAGGGAGCACCCUGCUUGCCUUGUGACUGUUCCCCCUUACACCAUUGUGGAAUCUCCUCGUGUACAAACUCAGUCUUGCCCUAUUUAUGACAGUGUUGAGGGGUGGUAGUCUGGAGUGGUGGAGCAGUCCCGUCUGUGUUUGCCUGUCAGACCUCAAGGGCUGUCUAAACUUUGAGAAGACUGUUUGAAUUAAACAUACUCAGCCCUGUUGUGUUCAAUUUUCUCUGUAAAUAGUACAGCACAAAUUUGUAUGUAAAAUUUGAGGGGGGGGGGUAUUCCUUGUGGGAUUUUUACUUCCCUGCUAUUAGCUAAAAAUAAGAGCUUUUUAAAUUUCGCUGUAGAUACUAGUGCUGAUCUGUAAGACGAAGCAUGCUACCAUCUCUCACCCGCCUUCUGCUGUUUGAAUAGCUAGCAGCAGUUGAGUAUCUUUGUAAGUAAUGGCUCUACUUCCAACAGUGGCCUUCAUGGGGUCAGUAGCACCUUCUCCUCUCUCCUCCCCAUAUUCUUAGAGCCUCAAGCAGCAGUACAGCUUCUAAGGUGAAAAAGUUCUGCAGGUGGUGAUCAGGUUUGGUUCCAAGUCAGCUGUUUACCGGCCAGAGCAUCUCACAGUAUACUCUCAUGUGUACCCCAUGCAGGCUUCCCACAGGUGUCUGUCCCUAUAGUUAAACCCUGCUGUGGCAACAAUUGGAAUAGAUCAUGCUUACACACACUCUCUCUUUCUCCCCCCCCCCCCCCGCCCCGAUCCAGGCAUGGCUUUAAACGCUCUAAUUUUUGCACAUAUUUAGCACCUGUAUUCUAGUCUUGCAUCUACUGUCCCAUGCCCUGUACAGUUUAGAUUGAUCUCCUCCCAGACAACAUGUGUUUACAACUUAAGGUUGCUUUUCACUACAAAUUGGAACUGUUUGCUCCUGCACUGCUAUAGACAUGUGGUAUUCUUCUGCUGCCUUUGAAACGGCUUUCUAGUGGUAGUGGUUAUAUUGAAGUAGAAACAAAGAAGGAGCCAAAUUGAUUUCUUUCCUCAAGCCUGUAGUAAAAAAUAUUCAAAGCUAAAAGUGACAGGUGCUGCAACAUCUUGCCUCAUUCAGUUGACAGGAGUGCAGACUUGGUUCUUAAAAAGUAAUCUGAUUCCUUACCACCAUCAUGCAUUCAGCUUCUGAUGUUGUUGGUUGUUAGUAAAGACUAGAUUACUUUAGGAGUACUCCAGCACUUUCCACAUACUUUGUUUCAGACUCUCCACCUCCAUUACUCUCUUGGGGCAGAGCUCUGUAUCCUGAAAUGGAGUCUUGCGUCUUCGGUUGGAAUAACUGUAAAUCUACUUCACUGACAGUUCCAUGCUUUGUUUUGCACAUGUGACAUUUGCAGCCACUCUGGAGGAUCUAGGAGCAGGUGAAUAAGCAUGCCAUCUUCCCUUCCGACACAGCUAAGGUGCUGUUUUGCUCUCAGCUCAUGACAAAACAAAAAGACUAUUUAAACACACAAAUACCCUCAUGUCUUCAGUUGUUGCCUACAAAUGUUUGUUACUGUUUCCUGGCUCAAUCCUGGACCAAGUGAGGACACUGCAGCUUUUACUUUAACCCCCCCCCCCCAAACACCUUUUUCUUCCACUUACUCUACUCUUCUGAUCUUUUUUUUUUUUGCUUGAGAAAGCUCUUACAUUGCAUUUAAAAUAACAAUCAUGGUAACAGGAUUCAACUGCUGAUUUACCGAUGUAUUUAAUGUAAGUAAACAAAAAAAAUCAGUGUA